CGCUUUUGUUGAUAACGAAAACGCGAUUUCAUUUGGAUUUUUUCCAGUUUCAGUUGCCCAAUCAUCAAACAAAUCCACAAUCAAAAUCCUUGAAACAAAAUCAUUCGAAUUGUGGGAUCGCACCAAAUUCAAUCAGAAUUCGUUGAUAUCGGAGUAUUAUUUCGUGAUUUCCACUGAAUCAUGUCGUUCUCGUUCUUCAAGCAAUCGAGGCCUAAAACACCACAGGAAUUGGCGAAGGCGCUAAAGGAUAGUCUCAUGGCGAUCGAUAACAUUACUGCAGCUGAAGUCAAAUCCCUAGAAAAGGGCAUGGAAGAAGUUGAGAAGAAUAUAAUGACAAUGAGGACUAUGGUAUCUGGGGAUGGUGAAGUAGAACCAAGUGCUGAUCAAAUUACUCAGUUGGCUCUUGAAAUCUGUAAUGAAGAUGCUAUUUCUCUUCUUUUUCACAAGUUACCCAUUUUGGGAUGGGAAGCUAGGAAAAAUUUAGUGCAUUGUUGGUCUAUAUUGCUAAAGCAAAAGGUAGAUUCUGUAAAUUUCUGUGAACAAUACAUGGAGAAGCAUCUAGAGUUGCUUGAAUUCCUUGUUGUUUGCUAUGAUAACAAGGAAAUUGCUCUGACUUGUGGACAUAUGCUGAGAGAGUGCAUCAAAUUUCCUACUUUAUCGAAAUACAUACUGGAAUCUCCCUGCUUUGAGUUGUUCUUCAAAUUCAUAGAGCUACCUACUUUUGAUGUUGCCUCUGAUGCCUUCUCCACAUUUAAGGAUCUGAUGACUAAACAUCCAACUGCAGUUUCUGAAUACCUGACUACCCACUACAAUGAGUUCUUUGAGCAAUAUGAAAAGUUACUGACAUCUGCUAACUACGUGACCAGAAGGCAAUCUUUGAAGCUCCUGUCCGAUUUUCUUCUGGAAUCUCCAAGUACUCAUAUAAUGAAACGCUACAUUAGUGAGGUUCGUCACUUAAAAAUCAUGAUGACACUGCUGAAGGAUUCCAGCAAAAAUAUCCAACUAUCUGCAUUUCAUAUUUUCAAGGUAUUUGUGGCUAACCCAAACAAACCCCGAGACAUAAAACUUAUCCUGGCGAAAAACCACGAAAAGCUUUUAGCACUGCUUCAAAGUCUGUCUCCUGGCAAAGGUGCUGAAGAUGAUCAGUUUGAAGAGGAAAAGGAGCUAAUAAUCAAGGAAAUCGAUAGAGUGCAUCGGCUUGCAGAAAUCUGAUCUUAGUAGAGGAUUUACGAACAAAGUGAGAAGCGAUGAAACUGAGAACCCUAAUAUCUAUUAGAGCGCUCUUCGUGUAGAAACCAAAGAGGCGUCAGAUGCUGCGUGGCUGUACGAAGAGCAAUGUUUUAUAACCUUACAUUUAUUUUUUCUUUCGGCUGUCAGAAUCGAAGUCAGUGACAUGUAAGUUUGUUGUAUCAGUUAUCACAACCAUUGCGAGUGGGACUUGUUUGUCCAUAUUUUGCAUUUUUUUUAACUACUCUUUUCUUUGUUUUGUUUUGUAAUACAAGCAACGAGUUAAAAGUUGCUAAGUUAUUGAAGAAAUGUGUGAGCAACUUCUCUAGAGGCUUAUUUCA